UGUGGGCCUGGGACAAUUCAUCUGGUAAAUCAAUUAUCUAGACGUCUAGCGUGUCUAACGGACCUAGGAAAAGACUGCUUAUUACACCGGCUGCCGAAAAUACUAUAAAGUUGGUGCGUAGAGGUUGAUUAACAGUUUAAGGGCCGCACCGAUAGGGACGGAUAUAGUACGUCUACUAUAUUAUUACUAUUUGGGUGAACUGGAUCUAUAUUUCGGUCCUAUAGACAUCUAGCCGUUUGCUUCUAAUGCUGACAUCAAAAGUUGAAAAUUGGAAGAUUGUGACUAUCGACUGUGUGGAUCCUCCUGAUUUAACAUCUAUCCAAAACAUGGUACAAUAUCAUAAUACAGAUACCACACCACAGAAAAGCUGGAAAAGUAUAUGUACAUGUAAGCUUUAUUCAACAACCAAUGCAAUGUGUGCGACAUUAUCUGGAAGAAAGGAAUCAGAGGAGACAUCAAAACUCAGGGAAAGAGUCUCUGAAAUAAAACAACCAGAGAAAGCUGUCAAAAGUGAUGCCGAAGAUGGUCAAGAACUAACCAAUGGAACUAUUUUCACCGGUGCAAGCACUUCUAUGUGGUUGGACGCUAGAAAUAUUGUACAUACUUCAAUUGGUAAAGGUACUACCGUGGUGAAACUUGUCACUUUGGGGCCCUCUAUAAUUGUUAGUGAAUGUGCAAAAAUUUAUAACGAUUUUUCAGAUGAAAAUAAUAGAAACCGUGCUUUAAAUUCCUUGAACAAUGAGUUUAGUAAAGUUACUACCGUAGUGGAACAUGACAAAGAUUGUGUUCAGACUGAAGACGAAUGUGUCACUUUGGAACCCUGUAGUGCAAGUGCAAACACUUCUUUUUCUGUGGCUAGAAACGAUUUGUCAAAAAAUGAUGGUAGUAACUGUGCUUCAAAUUUUAUACACAAUAGAUUUGGUGUAGAUACGGUAAUAGGGGAACGUGGAACAGAUUUUGUUCGUACUGAGCUUCAGUAUGAGAAAGUAUCUGAGGUGAAGCAGACUGCACAGAUGCACAAAAGACUAGCUCUACACUCUGCUGACGUAUCAUCCGUUGAUAAUGCCUUUGAAAGUUCCUCUAUCUGCCCACUCGUGAAAGAAAAUGAAACAAUUCGACUCGAGAAUAACAAAAUCAGCAAGCAUUCUUACUCUUUCAUUAUGCACAGCAGUGAUAUCAAAAUACUUAGUAAGGUUCAUUCUCAGCAGGAAAAAGUUGCUGUCGCUGUGGCCCAAACGCCUCAAAUUUUGCAAACUGGCUUUGUACUGCCUAAUAGAGCAGAAGGGAGCAUUGUGUUGUCUACUUUUGCAGACGAAACAUGUAACACUGGAAUAAUAAUACCUCUUGUUGAAAACGAAGAAUCGAUAAGAGCUAAAAGUACCUUAUUGGAAAUUCCUCAGGAUGUAUUGGCACCAGAAUAUGCUUUAACUGCAAAAUUGAGGGACCCAGAAUCUUCUAGCGAUGAAUCAGGCGUUGAAAGUAAUGAAGAGUACAAAACUAAGAUCAGAAGAAAGAUAAUUGGAUAUGUACCUCGGAGAAGACAGCUACUUGUAUUCUACAGUCGUCGUGAAAAGAAGAGCAAAAUUAAAACUAGAUUCAAAAUACACGAACUAAGUGAUUCUGAGAAUGAUGAUGACUUGCCUAAUAUAUCACAAGAGAAGUCUUAUAACACACAGAAAGUAAGGAGGCAACAUUUGACCCUGUCCAGAUACAGCCAUGUAAAGCUAAGGUGUAAUACAUCUGGUGAGCUGGCCUAUAUGGAAGCAGACUCCAGCCAAACAGAAGGCAGUAGUCUGGAUUCAGCUACUGAUGAUGUAGUAGACAAGUCAUUUCCAGAGGAUGCGAAGUGCGUUUUCAUUCAUCACACCGCUGCUUCUACUGACACGCAUUUGAGGAAAGUACAAUCAGCUCGAGGUCAACUCUGUAAUGUUUUGAUUAAGCACAAGGGGUCAGUAGUCGGCACCCACGUUCCUCGAAGAAGGAAAAAUAUACGUGUACAAGAAGUGUCUUCUGCCUGCCGAGGAGUUAGGAAAAUAAAACAGGCUCACAGAGUAAUUACUACUUCAGCCUCUGAAGUAUCUUCUGACUACUCAAAAUCUGCCAUAGUUCUUGAAUCAUUUUCCCAACGAAACUUAUUUGCUAUCAAGGCAUUGAAAACACCAACAAGCAACUUUGUUGGUAUUCUAUCACACGAGAAACUUAGUCAGUCCAACAUUGGAUUAGUAGACCAAACAACCACCUCUGAAACAUCAUCACAAGAACAACUUUCUAGAUACAUCUCAGCCACAACUGUACGUACCAACUCUAUGAGACUUCCUACAUUGGCUGCUGCAAAAAAUCCGAGUGUGAGUUCACCACAUGUACCACCUGCUAUGGCGGCAGAAUCUCCGGUUAAAAGUAAAGGUCAAAAAGGAAGGUCGUUGAGAGUACAAGUAGAUGGUGAACGAAAGGCCUCUUUGUUGAAUACUGUCACUGCAGCUUCUAUUCCACAAUUAUGUAGUACCAGGACCAGUGAAAGGAACUCUCCUCGUGAGAAUGAUAGUAGCCUACAAAGAAGUAUUCCUACACGGAGAUCACCUGAUUGGAUUGCCAUAGCAACUAAACUUCUUCAUGUUCCCGACUAUCAAAAAAUGAUACAGAUUCUCAAUGGUGUCACACCAGCUCAAGAAGAUGUUGUGGCUCACAAAUUCAUCAGGGGAAUUGCUUACUUCAAAGUUGGCAAGUUACGACAAGCAAUGGAUGACCUACACGAGUGUGAGAAAUUUGCUUUAGAAUCCAUUGAAGACGAAAGACGUGCACACUCUCAAAGGCAAUUGGAUAGUGGAGUAUUUUCAAUGCAACCUGGAUCACAGGCUUCCUCCCAGGCAUCAAGUUUGCAAUAUUUGCAACAAUCAUCCAAAAAAGGAGACGUUGCAGUUUGUAAUGUAUACAUGGGAGAUCUGCACUAUACUUCAGGCUCCUAUCUUGAGGCAUCGAAAUGUUAUCAACGAGCGGCCGAUUUGUAUGACAGAGAAUGUGUAGCAAGACUGUUCAGGAUGGUUCCCCCCACCAUAUCAACAAUUCACUCGAAAUGUGGCAGCUGCUUACGCAAUUUGUCCAAAUCAAUGGAGGCCAUUCAAGAGUACAGAAAUGCUAUUGAGACAGCCAUUAGAGACAAAGACCGUCUGGCUGCUCACACUAGCCUUGGAAACCUCCAACAGACUCUAGGUCAGAACAAAGAAGCACUGGUAGAGUACGAACAUGCCCUUGAUCUAGCAGAGACACUCAAUGAACACAUGUCAGUUGGUUGGACUCAUGGGAAUAUUGGAAAUGCCUUCCUCGGACUGAAUGAAAAAGACAAAGCACUAUUUCAUCUUCAAAAAGCCCUUGAUAUCACUAUUAAGUACGAACCUAAACCAGAUUCUAUAGGAAGAGCAUAUAAUAACCUAGGCACUGCCUACCAGUCAAUGGGUGACCUUGACAAAGCUGAAGAACACUAUGACCUUGCUUUAAGUCAGGCUAUCUACGGCAACGACCCAGCUGGACAAUCCAGAGUUUAUGGAAAUAUCGGGAACAUAUAUAUUGUCAGGAAACGUUUUGAAAAAGCUAUCCCUCACUACACCGAAGUGCUUCGCCUCUCCAAAGAUGAGGCUACGAUUAGCACCGCUCACCACAACAGAGGAUGUGCACUAUAUGAGUGGGCAGAGAGUAAAAUGCUUGCUCUAGAACAAUCUUUACAGAAAACUUCCUCAAGUAACGAGCCAACAUUUCGAUUUCACGGAUCCCAAACUACACUUCCCCAAAAGCAUAGUCCUCGUAUUGUGAUCGAUAGCAUUGCCAAACUCUUCAGAGAUGGAAUGUCAGAUUUGCAAAAGGUUGCUGAAACUCACGAAGCAAAACUUGACCACAUCAAAGGAUCAGCCAAAGGACUUUCACUUUCAGUCUCCCUCACAGAGUCAAAUUCUCGCACUUUUCAUCGCUUACAGGACUGCAUGGUUGCUAUAGGCAACUGGAGGGAGGCUCUUCUCAUUGCUGAGCAAAGCAGAGCUCGUACGCUCGGAGAAAUAAUGCUUGCACGAAAAGAAAGUCAACUUGAGAAGGCUCUUACCUCACCACUAAACCUGGAGCAUGUGUACUCCAUUGUGAGCUCACAAAAGUCUCCUGUUCUCUACCUCACCCACACUGGAGCUAGUUUGUUUGGCUGGGUGCUCGUUCCAGCUGAAGACAGUGACAGCAUUUCAAUCGAGAUGUUUGAAAUUCCCAUAUCAGAUGACCAGUUUGAUGGAAAGAGCUUCGAUUAUCACAUCAGAUACGGCCUUACAGAGGUCUUGGUGGAGCAGAGCUAUGAGAUGUAUCGCAGCAUUGACUAUGACGAAGAAACUACUGCUCCUGUUGCUCAACUCUUCAAGGUCAUUGGUAAGCCCUUUCAAAUGACUCUUGACCGACUUCUUCCAGGAAACAAAAAAGCAAAAAUGCAAAAGAUUGUUUUGAUUACUGAUACUUACACCAGUCUAUUGCCAUUUACUUGCAUGUACGAUCCAGACAGUGAAACCUUUCUUGGUGAUCAUUAUUAUUUUGAAACCAUGCAAUCUUUAUUGACAAUGGGUAUAAUGAAUCAGCUCCCAGAACCAAUGGUUGAAUUACCAGCAGAUCCACAAAGUAUGUGCAUUGUGGGAAAUCCUAUCAUUCCCAAAUUUUACCUUAAUGGUGAAGUAUGGUCCCUGGGGAAACUCCCUUAUGCAAGACGAGAGGCUCAGUGGGUGGGGCAUAUCCUGAACACUCCACCUAUUCUGGACGAGCAAGCGACCAAAAGUGCUGUCGUAAUGCGAUUCAUGAGAGCCAAAGUGAUUCACAUAGCAACCCACGGCAGCUCAGUCUCGGGUUUCCUAGCAUUUGCCUCACUCACCUCUACCAGACAAGGGGAGGGGGUUGACUCCAGUGGAGUACUGCUGCACCCGGAGGAGGUGGAGAAGCUCUCCAUCAGUCCAGCUCUUGUCGUUCUCUCCAGCUGUGACUCCUCAAGAGGUACCGUGAAGGCGGACGGUGUGCAAGGGAUGGCAAGAGCAUUUUUGUUGGCAGGUGCACAAGCUGUGCUCACCGCUCUGUGGAGGGUGCCUGACGAAUCUGCAGCUGUGUUCAUGCGUUUCUUUUACCGGUUCCUUGAAAAUGGGUUUGAGAGCUCCCUCUCACUUCAGAAGGCAAUCCUCAGUUUGAGAUGCUUCUCCAAGUACUCACAGUACAUACAUUGGUCCGGUUACCAGCUAACAGGGAGAUCCAUUCGUUUGGACAUGAAGCCGUCUCCAGUGACGACUAUGUUAGAGAGCACCCUGAGGCCAAGCUCUCCGUUUCCCCGGCUCAUGCUAGUCAAGAAGCUAGAAAGUGUGUUGGUGGAUAAUCCAAGACUACCCACUGAUAUUCAGAUUCUUCAUGGAUCUCCUGGAGUGAAGCCAUCUGAAAUUGCCAUUGACUUCAUUCACUCUUGCCACGCUAAAUUUGCAGCUGGAAUUUUCUGGAUCAGCUGUCGCACACCAGACAUCAUUGAUGCCAGUCUGAAAAGCAUUGAGAAAACAAUUGACAAGCCUCUGAACAAGCUGCGACUUAGUGACACACAGCAAGCAUUGGUGGUCCUGGACAAUGCAAUCGAACUGCCAAACUCGGGAAAACUGAUCAGCUUCCUAAAGCACACGAACGUUCACAUCAUCAUUCUGUCAAAGUCAGCAGAUCCCAUCGACUCUUUCGUAAAAGAAGUUGAUAAAGCCUUGAUCAGAGGUUGCAGUAUACACGAAGUGAAAACACUCUCAACAAUUGACUCCACCCAGCGAAUCGUGUACGAAAUCUCCAAGCAGUACUAUCUAAAAGCAAACAACAAUGAUCAAGCAAUCUUUGAGAAGUUGGCUGAGUUUACAUCCGGCUCACCCCUAAUUGUUGACAUAGCCGCACAAGUUCUGCUCAAGUAUGUGCAAGAGAAUUCUGACGAACCUUCUGAAGGUCUAAACCAAUUUGCCGAUUCCAUUCAGCUUUCAAAAUCUCGGAAAGUUAUCCAUAAAUCUCCUCCAUUGGCAAGUUCUCUUCAAGGAGUCGAGGACACAUGUUUUCAAGUGAGGGAAAUUUCAGAUGCAUUCACACGCCUUGUUCCAAACGUCGCCAGUGUCUCGCCGAAUCACACAGAUGUGUGGGAGUCAGAGAGUGAGUACGACUCUUGGGACUCGAUCGGAGCCUUAAUCCAACGUUGCGUAUCCACUCCAGGAGAAAUGUUGCUGCUUCAAGCCCUGUCCAUUUUUGGUUGUAUACCAAUUCCAAUUCCUUUGGUCACUACCAUGUCCUCCCUGAUAGCUCAGUCAUCAGGUCACUCACACUUGGGUGGUAUCUUGCACGAGCGACUAAUGGAGGCAAAGUUGAUAUUAAGGUAUCCCCAGCCAGUUGUUCUUCAUUCUACUUACACUAAAAGUGACAAAGCCAGUGAAGAGCCACUCUUCUUGUACCUUCCUCAGCACUUGGCUAGUCAGCUGUGGCUAUGUAAUGACAUCGAUCAAGUAAUGGCUGUAACAGUUGCAUACAAAGCAUUGCAAAAAGUUAUCGACGAAAAUUCAGCAAAAAAUCCAGAGCUCUUACAUUUUUAUCUCGGGCUCAUCCCACCUCUUGAGGAAAAAACUGCACUACUAGCUGUUGAAAAGAAGCAUUGCUAUGAGGCAGUGUACGAGUUAUACCUGCAGCUGUCACAUCAACUCAGCUCCAAUAAUCACACCCACAUCUGAUUCUUCGUUUAAAAGUCAGUUCUAGUUUACACUUGUUUUUUUGGACCAAGUACACACCCCUAAAGUCACCAAGCUAACUUAUAAUUAUAGCAUUAAUCAGUCACAUUGUUAUACUGUACUCUGUACUUUUCCCUAGCUGUCAUACAGAUAGAUAUCUCUAGUCCAUAAUUGCCUCAUGCAGUUGCUAUUUAAUGCCUUUCAUGUACUGAAGUGAUUCUAUUGACUGAUACUCAGUUUCACUUUUGAAUUCAUGUGUGUGCCUCUCUUUGUAUUUUGUUUCUAUUAUUUACUAUUGUAAGUUGCCUGUGUUUCAAUGUUUAGCUGCCUAUUAGUGUUUCAAUGUUUAGCUGCCUAUUAGUGUUUCAAUGUUUAGCUGCCUAUUAGUGUUUCAAUGUUUAGCUGCCUAUUAGUGUUUCAAUAUGUUUAGCUGCCUUUGUACUCGCCUAAAGUAUCAUAUAGCUACGUACAUCAUAAUGGUUUGUUUCUAUUUUUGUAUAUGUACAUCAUAAUGGUUUGUUUCUAUUUUUGUAUACGUACAUCAUAAUGGUUUGUUUCUAUUUUUGUAUAUACCGAUAUUCAUUUUGUAUGUAUUUGUUUUGAUGUUUAGUAAUAA